AUGGCCGCAGAAGCUGGAGCAGAAGCAACAGCACACGGUAAAUUACAAAUUGAAGACAUUGACCAGGCACCGCUGGAAUUUCUUGCAUCUAUUAGCGGCUAUGGCAAAGAGCCUCUUGUUUCACUGGAACAAGCAGUUAAACCACUUGUUCCGAUCCUAUUAGAAGUUCAAAGCUACGCAUAUGUUGCCAAACAACGAUGUAAGAAUCCUGCCGAUGGAUUGACAGAAGAUGAAUCCGCUUCUAUUAUGCUAUACACAAUGGGAUGGGAGCCACUCGAUCAAUGCCUAUAUUUCGUUUUGAAUGACACAUUAUGUGCAGAGGAUCGACAACAGAAACUCAAACCGUGGUAUCUUUAUUUGAGACUUUUCCUCAAUGCUCUCUUUCGUCUUCCACCAAUUCGUACAACUGCAUACAGAGGAGUUAAAUUAGACCUGAGCAAGCGCUACGUUGAAGGAGCAACAAUCGUGUGGUGGAGCUUCUCGUCAUGCACAACAGAUAUUAAUGUUCUACAAUCAGAACAAUUUUUGGGGACGGUAGGUGACAGAACGAUGUUUUCCUUACAAUGUCAAUCAGCUAGAGAUAUUUGCAAGCAUUCAUAUUAUCCAUCUGACGAUGAAUUACUUCUUAUGGCUGCUACUCAAUUCAAAGUAACGAGCUGUCUUGACCAAGGAAACCUUCACAUUGUUCUACUGGAAGAAACUCGUCCUCCAUUUCCGCUCUUACAACCGGUACCAACUGUUGUUCCACAAUCGAUCACUCCAAUCCUACCAGGUGAGUGA